ACGGACCUGCCCCCCUCUUCCUGCCAUGAAACCUGUUUUUACUUGCCUCAGACAUUUCAGACAUUUCUUCAGCCUGCAGCUUUUACGACACUGAGAAGAAGCUUUGAGUCAGUCGGUCUGUCAGGGCGCCGUCGUCAUGUUUGCCUCCAGAUUUCUGCACAGGUUCAGCUCGUGCUGCUCUCGACCUGCAAGAAUCUGCACGUCCGGCUCUGUUUGGUCGGCUUGUGUUGUUUCCAGUUACAGCAGUCGACCUCCACCCAAAGACGUGUCUGUCCAUCAUCGCCUCGGACGCCCGGUCCUCUCUCUGCGGCUCCCUGCAGGUCAACAGUGUCAUUUCACUCUGACGCCCAUGCUGACCACGGUCGGUGACCUGCUGCGUGACAUCACAGCCAAGGAUCCCGCGGUCCACACCGCCAGCCUGCUCGACGGAGAUGGACAGAGAAUCUCUUCAUGCACCUUCAUGGAAACUGUUUUAAAUAAAGAUUUUCAACUGGUCAUCAAUGACGUCACACAUAACGUUGCUGCUCUUGGACAAGGUUCGUCUCACGAGCACGCCUUGGGUCUGGACGAUAUGAAGUACGUGGUCCACCUUCUUCACUCGGCUCUGACUCUUCCUCAGCAGCAGCACAUCAAACACACCGAGCUGAUGAUCAGACAGGAGCAGCUGAAAAAGCAGCUGGAGCCGCUGGAGACGGUGAGAAUCAAGAUGGUGCAGGAGGCGGAGACUAGAGCAUCAGUACUGGGGUGGGCGGGGGUCGCCUACCUGUCACUGCAGGGAGGAUUCCUGGCUUACCUCACCUGGUAUGUGUUUGCCUGGGACGUCAUGGAACCAGUCACCUACUUCAUCACCUACAGCACGAGCAUGCUCUUCUUUGCCUACUACAUCCUCACCAAACAGGAUUUCAUUUGUCCGAAUGUGAGGGACCGUCAAUUCCUUCACUUCUUCCACCAGAGAGCAUCUCGGCAGAAGUUCAACGUUGAAAUGUACAACGAGCUCAAAGAGGAGCUGGCAAAGGUGGAGAACGAUCUGAGGAGGCUGAGGAGUGCCAUUCAGCGGCCGGUGGAUCAGGCUCAGAGAGCCACCUGAGAGUCUGAUUCAGAAUUCUUUGACAUUAAAUGUCUUUAACUUUUUGCACCUUUUUGUAUGUUUGGUUUUGGUCUAAAUCUGCCUUCAUGAAAAACGCUGUGGAAUAAAAAUACAUUUUCCAAGUUCUGUUCUC